CUUGCGCUCGCUGCCCAGGCCCCGCCUCUGCGCCUGCGCUGGCUCUCCGCGCGGCUCCAUGCAUCGGAGUGGGGGCCUUGAGGGGCCCCGGCUGCUUGGCCACGGCUGGCGCGGCUGAUGGUUGGCUGGGUCCCAGAAAGAAGUCCCCUGGGGCAGUGAGAGCAGAUGCCAUGCGGCUCUUCCUCCCGGGCCCUCUCCCAAGCCGCAGCCCUCUCCCCUCUGACUUGAUAGGGAAGGGGUGAGGGGACGCAGGAGCCAGUCACUUCAGGGUGGUGACUCUGAGCACUUGCUCCAUCUAAGCUUCUACUGUGGGUUUGCAAGCUUAACUCUGUAAAAACAAUAUACGGUCAUAAUUUGGGCAAGUGGAGACAGGGCCAAGAGGAAGUGAGCAAACUGAUUUUGUGCAACUCUGUAUGUCAGUCAAGUCACAGAGAGAGGGCUGUGGGCAGAAGCAGCCGGCUCCCGCCUGUCAACAGCUACCUCAGCAGACACCUGGAGCAGUUUGGGGCUUCCAAAGGUCCUUUCCCUGAGCUGCUGACACUGACUCGUGCUGCUAUUGAAGGCUGGUUGCUGGGGCUUUUCUAGGAUUUCCUGGGAAGCUACAAAGGUCUGUCUGGCUAGCGUCUCAGGAUGUUAAGUGGAACCCGAAGGUUGCAGCCUUGUGGUUGAGCUGUGCCCAGCUGCAUCAGGCCCUCGUGAGCUCCAGACCAGGGUUUAGGGUUGGUGAGGCCUUCCCCAGGACUCCAGGUGGUUUUCCUGCUAUUCUGUCUGAUGUUUCCUCCCAGAGCCUUCUCUCCUCCAGGGAGUUCAGUUGAACUGAAAACACAUGUGACCCUCUACUAGGUGAGAAAAUUCCCUGAGCCACAUUUCACUUGUAAUUUAUUUUAUUAUUUAAAAAAAGUGUUUUUGGCACACUGGUCCAAUUCCUCGUUCUCUUUCUGGGGCCCCAAGUGACAGCAGUCACUGUCCUUGCAAUCAUCUCUCUGGGCCCUCCACUUCUUUCUAACUCAGAGCAGUUGCUGAACCCACAUGAUACUUGUGCUUUGACCCCAUAGUCUAGGUUGCCAUGUUCUUUCCCAGAUCUGAGAUUAGAGCCUCCUAUUGAUAAUAUGGCAAAUCAAUCCCAGGGACUCCUUGUAUUCACAAAAGCUUCAUAUGAUUGUUCACUUUCUCCUUCACUUACUGUGCCCUAGUGGUUCAGAACCCGGACUCUGAAGUCAGGAGCCUGCGCUUGAAUGUCUUCCACUUCCUAGCUGUGCAAGGUUAAGUAACCUUGGGCAAGUUACUUAACCCUCUGAGCCUCAACUUUCUCAGCAGUAAUGAUAGUAUCUAUCUUAUCAGAUAUCAAGAGAGCACUGAAUGGGAUCAUACAUGCAAAAUGCUUAACACAGAAGCUGGUAUAUUGGAAUUGCUCAAUCGACUGACCAGCUCUCCUCAAAUGAAAAGCAAACAGCCAUGCUCCCACCUUGCCACCAGCCUGCCCCAUCUGUCCUCAGCCACCACAGUACCGUGCGACCUUCUGGAAAUCGCUCUCUGUAACUUCCUCCUCCAAAGCAGAGAUAAAGAAAGCAGUUGAAAUAGAAACGUUUGUGGGCCUGCGCUGGCGAGCCUUGUGACGUUCCAGCAGUAUGUGGAUGUGAGCCAUAGCUACGAGCCUGGGAAACUCUAGAGCUGUGGAAUUGCUGUUGGGGAGGGCUGCCCCCCGGGCUCAGGGGUGUUAGCUAGGGAAGAAAUAAGCAUAGGAUAUAGACAGUCUUGGACCAACUUGGGGUACAGUGGGGGCUUCAAAGGAUGACAUAGAAACAGCUCAACUAAAGAAGAGCCCAUCAGGACCCACGUAGAGGCGUUUCUCUAAAGCCUAAAUGAGAAGUGUUAUUGUUAGUGGUGAGUUUUAUUUGGGCUGUGCAUACAUUGAUACUUAAGGUAAACCCUGAAAUCCACUGCGCGGGCUUAGUUAGGACUUAUCUAUUCCUUCUUGCUGUAGCUAUAAUACGUCUGGUUAAAAUAACCCCUUUGAGUAGCAAUCACAUUCAAGCGUCUGAUCCAGAAGGAUGGGACCAAGCCAGUGCUGUUCCUCAGGGGAAGGGGUCAGAUUCCCAGACAGAUGUCUGUCCCUGUGGGGAUAGGGGGAGUAGUGGGGGUGGGGCAGGGUCCCCGAGCCACCUGAUUACGUACACGUCUUGCCUCUGCCCUUCAUUCUGCAUAACUGGUUAUCUUUUUGUCCUUUUGUUCCUCAGUCAGAUUAGACAGAUGCUGGUUGCUAGUGUGGGGACAUGUGAGACUUUGCUGGGUGUGGGCUGAGAGGGGAGAUAGAGGGUCAGCAGACGUAAUGAUCAUGGGAGAGGCUGAGGUUUUUUUUGGCUCUCUGGAAGCCAAAGGAAUUCUAGCUUGUCCCCUUGGCAAAGGAUCGUUGACGCAGAGGCUGGGUUUCAGCUGUCCUCAGCAGAGUCAACUAGUGCAGGCGAAUUCACAGUCCUUGCUGUUAUGCAUGAUGAAAGAAUAAUUCUGGCUAGGGUUAAGGGACUACAACCAAAAUCUAUUUCUUGUUCCUCUUCUUCUCACGGUUGCCUCCUUAUCACAGGAUCUUUUUUUGCUAAGCUACCAGAAAGCCAGGAUAUUGUACAGUUAGUAAUCCCGGCUCCCGUUCCACUUUGCACUAUGCUUUCAUCCAGUCCCUGAAUGAAUGCUCUUGUGAUGAGCCUUCUCCCUACCACUCACAAUGCCACCCUGGCCCCCUGUUCUUCCCAUCUUCUUGUUGAGCAUUCCUAUCUCUGUACUUCCUCUUGACCCAUCCCACUUCCUCAAAACACCCCUGAAGAGGGCUGCUUAUCUUGGUGAGCUCAAGUCCGGGAGCAGCAGCGGAAAAGCAGAGGUCUUGAGUGCAUCUGUCUGGGGAACCAAGAGCACUUUCAGACUCAACCCACACAGAACUGUCCUGCAGGCUUCCGGGACCCGGGGAGAUGUGGCCCCAGAGGGGCUGAAAGUGAUCACCUGUGAUGGGCUCUCUCUAAGGAGGGGGGUGUCUCCUGGAGAGCACCCCACCAGACAAGAGAAGGAAUGGGUGAGCUGUGAAUUUUGGAUAGAUGCUGCACUUGACCUCUGGCAAGAAGGCUGGCAAGAGAUAGACUUGGUGGCCCACCUGGAUCCUGCUGGCACACCUGCCACCUGGGAGGACCCUCUGGGAAGGCAAGAUGGCUGUCAACAGCACUGCCCUGUCCUUGGCCAGUGCUACCUACAUCAGCAUGGAGAUUCUCAUCGGACUCUGUGCCAUCGUGGGCAAUAUGCUGGUCAUCUGGGUGGUCAAACUGAACCCAAGCCUUCAGACCACCACCUUCUAUUUCAUCAUCUCUCUAGCCCUGGCUGACAUUGCCGUGGGGGUGCUGGUCAUGCCUCUGGCCAUUGUCAUCAGCCUGGGCAUCACGAUUCACUUCUACAGCUGCCUCUUCAUGACCUGCCUGCUGCUGAUCUUCACCCACGCCUCCAUCAUGUCCCUGCUGGCCAUUGCUGUGGACCGAUAUCUGCGGGUCAAGCUCACUGUCAGAUCUAGGAUUCUUGAGAUCUUCGAGUGCAUUCUGCCAUUCCUGGUGAUUUGCUCCAUACCAGUCAUGAUGCUCUUCAUUCUGCUCUCCUUGGCUCUUUUUUCAGAUGGCAUGGUCGUGGAUGAAAAGGUCAAGGAAAGCUUUGUGCUGGAUACAGCUUCUACCACCUGCAACUAUGAUGCCCGCUAUAAGGACUACCCCAAAUACUGGUGCCGAGGCUACUUCCGGGACUACUGCAGCAUCCUUGCCUUCACACCCAACAGCACCGACCGUGUAGUCCUGAGGGACACAGGAAACCAGCUCAUUGUCACUGUGUUCUGCCUGACGAAGGAGGACACGGGCUGGUACUGGUGUGGCAUCCAGCGGGACUUUGCCAGGGAUGACAUGGAUUUUACAGAGCUGGUUGUGACUGACCACAGAGGAGCCCUCACCAAUGAUUUUUGGCCUAGGGAAGACCUACCAGGCAGCAAGAAUAGAACAUGCAGGGUUUCCAAAGCUGUCCGCAAGGCAGAUCGUUCAGGGAUAUCCAUUCUCAUCAUCUGCAUACUGAUCACAGGUGUGGGGAUCACCACUAUAGUCAGUCAUUUGACCCGAAGAAGGCGAAAUCAAAGGAGUAGAAGGAGUGAAGGCCUAGCUAGAAGCCCAAAAGACAACCAGGCUUCUUCUGGGAUCCCGACACCUCUGUAGAUUACUCUUUGAAGCCCCUCUCACAUGUCCUGACUCCAAAGGAAAUGGCUCAUACUGAACAGAUGUGACUGAAGAUUUAUUUAGUUCGUAAAUAUAGUGAUGCUACAGUAGAAUUACCAUGACAGCUGGCCCACAUCUCCGGGACUGAUUCUGAUCUCUCAGGCAUUCUGAAGGACCCUCUAACCUUGCCAACAAUCAUUUGCAGCUAAGUAACAAGAACAGUAGUAGCCAGAGCAGCUCUGAUAGACCACACCGGAGCAAGGCUGCAAUCAGAUAAUGUCUCAACACCUUGGUUCUCAUGUCUUUGAUUAGCCAGAAGUGAAGAAGGGGGGUAGAA